UCACCGUUGAAAAUAUAAUCCCUAGUUUUACGGCUUUUUGUUCGCGCUGACUUUACCUGCUCUUUCCUUUCCAAACAAAAUGGCGGACGACGUACAGCAGUUUUACGAACUUGUCAGGUCGCUGAUGUCUAUGGACAAUGAUGUCCGUAACGCAGCAGAAACUCAGUACUCUGCAAUUCCUGAGUCUACAAGAAUACAAUUCUUAUUGCAAUGUAUGUUAGCUGCAAAUGUCUUAGAGUUACGCACCAUGGCAGCUGUACUUUUCCGACGCCUAAUUUCAAAUACAGACAACUUUAUUAAAGAGAUUGAUGUUGGAACUCAACAGUUGUGUAAAACUCAACUUAUUCAAGCCGUGCAAUCAGAACAAAAUGAACAGAUGCGAAAGAAGUUUUGCGACUGUUUAGCAGAGUUUGCUAAAUGCUAUUUAGAUGAAAUCGGUAACAAUCAGUGGCCUGAUAUUCUUACAUUUCUUUAUCAGUGUUGUGCUGCUUCAGAAACAAAUUUAAAAGAGGUUGCACUACAUAUCUUAAUAGCUUUUCCUGGAAUCUUUGGUAAGCAACAAGAAACUUAUAUCCAGGUUAUAAAGGAAAUGCUUUCUGCUUGUAUAAAACCUUCAAAUGAAGAUAAAGUUAGGUUACUUUCAGCUCGAGCUGCAUGCACGUUUAUCACGGAACAAGUUGAAGAAGCUGAAUAUAAAAUAUUUGGUGAUAUUUAUCCUGGAAUAUUACAAGCCAUUGAAAUAUCUGUGAAAAAUGAGGAAGAUGACAGUGUUUUAAAAUGCUUUGUUGAGCUUGUUGAAAUUGCACCAAAACUUGUAAGAUCAGAUCUACAACCAACAAUUAAUCUUAUGCUACAGAUUUUGACUAAUACAAAUCAUGAAAACUCAAUUCGACAUUUAGCAUUGGAGUCAAUUGUUACACUAUCUGAAACAGCUCCAGCUAUGAUACGAAAACAUGGAAGUGAACUAAUUCCUAGAAUUGUUCCAGAGAUGCUUUCUCUGAUGGUAGAUCUUGAAGAUGAUGAAGAUUGGAGUUAUAGUGAUGAUGUUGAAGAAACUGAUAUGGAUAGCAAUUCCGUCAUUGGAGAAAGCAGUCUGGAUCGUUUCACAUGUGGUGUUGGUGGUAAAGCUGUGUUACCACAUAUUAUUUCAACUCUCCCGCCCAUGUUGCAACAUUCUGACUGGCGUUAUCGUCAUGCUGCACUAAUGGCUAUAUCCGCUAUUGCAGAAGGUUGCAUAAAGCAGAUGGAGCCUCUUCUUGCUAAUGUUGUUGAUUCUGUUAUUCCAUUUUUGCAAGAUCCUCAUCCACGAGUGCGUCAUGCAGCAUGUAAUGCUCUUGGGCAGCUAGCUACAGAUUUCAGUGUUUUAUUUCAAAAAAAAUUUCAUGCCAAAGUUAUGCCAGGUUUAAUGUCUUUAAUGAUAAAUGACACUGCUCAUCCAAGAGUUCAAGCUCAUGCUGCUGCUGCUUUGGUAAACUUUUGUGAAGAAUGUGCUCCUAAAAUACUUGAACCUUACCUUGAUUCGCUUGUCAAUGCUUUAGAAGUUGUUUUAGCUUCAAAGAUUCAUGAGCUUUUGCAGCGAGGCUCAAAGCUUGUUCUUGAACAAAUUUUGACAACGAUUGCCACAGUGGCAGAUACUGCUGAAUCUAGAUUUACAAAAUACUAUGAACGAUUUAUGCCCAGUCUUAAGUAUAUUUUCCAGAAUGCAAUAGACAAAGAUUAUCGAUUAUUGCGUGGCAAGUCGAUUGAAUGUAUUAGUUUGAUUGGAUUAGCUGUUGGAGCUGAAAAGUUUCUACCUGAUGCAUCUGAAGUGAUGCAACUGUUGUUAAAAACUCAAACAGACUCAGAAGAAAUAGAAGCUGAUGAUCCACAGAUAUCUUAUUUGAUUUCAGCUUGGGCUCGAAUGUGCAAAAUAAUUGGCAAAGAUUUUGUGCAGUAUUUACCUGUGGUAAUGCCACCUGUCUUAAAAGCAGCACAAAUUAAACCUGAAGUUGCACUUCUUGAUUUGGAUGAUCCACAAAGCUUAAAUGUUGAUGAAGAUGAUGGGUGGGAGUUUGUAAAUCUUGGUGAACAACAAAAAUUUGGAAUCAAGACAGCAGGUUUAGAAGACAAAAGCACAGCCUGUCAAAUGUUAGUACAUUAUGCUAGAGAAUUAAAAGAAGGGUUUGCAGAUUACACUGAGCAGGUUGUUAAAAUAAUGGUUCCUUUGCUAAAAUUUUAUUUUCAUGAUACUGUGCGUGUUACAGCUGCAGAAUCCUUGCCACAUCUUUUAGAAUGUGCUAGAGUAAAAGGAGAUGAGUAUCUUUCUCAAAUGUGGUUAUACAUUUGCCCAGAACUAUUAAGUUCAAUUGAGCGGGAACCGGAAGAAGCUGUUGUUCCGGAGUUAAUGGACAGUUUUGCUAAGUGUGUUGAAGUAUUAGGUGUCGGGUACAUUACCCCAGAACAUUUAACUCAUUUUGGACAGAUUAUACAUGAGAAACUUGAAAAACAUGAUGAACGUCAAAAUGAGAGACAUGUUAAAAGAAAGGAUGAAGACUAUGAUGAAGAAGUUGAAGAAGAUUUGCAAGAUGAGCAUGAUACAGACGAGUAUAUUUUGAGUAAGAUCUCUGAUGCAAUGCAUGCUUUGUUUAAGACCCACAAAGAAACUAUUCUACCUUUUUUUGAUCAGUUGCUGCCUGACUUUAAUAAACUUAUGAUACCUGAACGACCUGCAUCUGAUAGGCAAUGGGCAUUGUGUAUAUAUGAUGACUUAUUGGAAUAUACUGGAGCUGCAUCAAUAAAGUAUCAAGAGUAUUUUUUAAAAACAUUAUUAAGUAGUGUUCAGGAUUCCAGUCCUGAGGUUCGCCAAGCAGCAGCGUAUGGUUGUGGUAUAAUGGCACAAUUUGGUGGAGUUGAUUAUUCCGUAGCGUGUGCAGAAGUUCUACCUCUUCUUGCACAAGUUAUUAAUCAUACUAAUUCUCGUGACAAAGUUAAUAUUAGCUCUACUGAAAAUUGUAUUUCAGCUGUAGCUAAAAUCUGCAAAUACAAUUCAUCACAAGUCAAUUUAAAUGACAUUUUGCCAAAUUGGUUGACAUGGUUACCAAUAACAGAAGAUCAAGAAGAAGCACCUCAUGUAUAUGGAUAUUUGUGUGAUCUUAUAGAAAGUAACCAUCCUGCUAUUUUGGGUGCAAACAAUAUUAAUUUACCAAAAAUUGUUCAAGUCAUAACAGAAGCAAUUGCUUGCGAAGUAUUUGAGCAGUAUCCUGAUGUCCUUGAUAGACUAAAAGUGAUUCUCUCACAAAUUAGAAUAAAUGAAGCUGUAUGGAGCGCUUGCGUUGAGGUAUUGAACGAAAGACAAAAAAAUGCUUUAUCUCAGUUGUAGUUCGAAGAAUUGUUUUUAACCCAAAUAAAUCGAUAUCGUCCAUUAGCCACUUAAUUUUAUCAAAGAAAUAAGAACCUGAAAGUUUCAAAUUUUUUAUCGUAAAGAGCUAAGGUGUGUGGUGAAACUAUUAUUUUAGCAUGCAACGUGAAAUUUCAAGAUAUUUAUGCAAUACUCUAUUAGAAUGCAAUUCAAUUGCUGUCUUACACCAGAAUAUAUUUUUAUAUAUAA